AAACGGAAUGCUUUACAUAUUAGUUCUAGCAUAGUUGUUUACCUUAGUUGUAGUUUAGGAUCCUGUUGAUAAAUUGUUUGAGUUUUAGUAACUGAUGAAAUAAAAAACCAAAGUUUCAAGUAAACGUUUUUGAACUAUUGUAUUACUUAGAAUAAAAAAUUAGUGAAUAUGAUAGUUCAGACAUAUUCAGUGAAGGAUAUAUAACUGUAAGUGAAUAAUCUGAUGAGGAAGAUGGAUAUGAAUAAUAUGAAGAUAUUUCACAAUAUGAUGAAGUAGAUGAAUCUAAUGAUGAAUCAGAUGAUGAUGAGAUGAUUAUAGAAUAAUAGAGAAUAGAAUAAUAGAAAAUGGAAUAAUAGAGAAUAGAAUAAUAGAAAAUGGAAUAAUAACGAUUAGAAUAAUAGAGAUUAGAAUAAUAAAGAUUAGAAUAAUAGAGAUUAGAAUAAUAAAUGAAGGAAUAAUUGGAAUAAUAAAGAUUAGAGAAAUUGAAAUUGGAAUAACAAUAAUAAAUCUUAGAAAAUGAAAAGAAAAAAAAGUAAAUUAUUGAGAUACCAGAAUAAUGGAGUGAUGAUGAUGAUUAAGUUAUAUAGUUACCUAAAUAAUAAAAGAAAAGGAAAUAAAAGAAACAAGAAUUUGAUGAUGAUGAAAUAUUAGAAGUUUUAAAUUCUGCUAAAAAGACUAAAGUUUAAUCACUUGAAGAUUUAGAGGAAAUGGAAAAAAAAAUAGUAAAGAAGAAAAAGAAGAGAGAAUAGGUUCCACAAGAAGAAUUUGUUUAGAAAGUACCAGCAUAAAAUUAAACCUUUAUACAUUUUAAUAAUAAGAAUAAUUAUCUAGAAUUAGCACCUUGUAGCAAUAACCCAAUAUAAUAAAGAGCUUGUAGUUUAUGUAAAAGUGAAGUUGGAUACUAAUUAGAUGAUGACAAUUGGUAUAUGAUUGGUUUAUAACAUGGAUAUAAGAAGGAAUUUCUUUUAUUGAUUGAGAUCACUAAAUAAUCUUUUGGAGAUAGUCAAUUAUAUUUGAGUUUUUCAUCUAAUGGAUCUGCUUGUAUGACUAGUGAUACUUUAAAAUAGGAUAUUGAUGUUGAGAAUGUCUUAUAGAGAUUCUCUAGUAAAUCAUGGAGACAUUUCAUUAAAAAUGAAUUAUUUGCACUUCCAUAAAAAUUAGAAGGAAAAAGUUUUCAAUUCAAAGCUAUAUAUUAGAAUAAAUAAUUUGCAUUUUCAGAUUUUGAGAUAAAAUUUUCAUCGAAUCUGAUUUAGGAAUUGAAAUCCUAUGCUAAAUAAGAAGUUUCAAUUAGAACUAAUUCAGUUGAAUUCAUUUCAGAAUAAGUAAUAUAUUAUUAAUAAUUAGUUACAAUGCACAUUAAAUGGAUUGAUAAAAUAAUAAAAUGAUGAAUUGCCUUUCACUUUAAAAUUUAAAAAUGGUGAGUCAACUUCAGAACUUCUAAUUCCUAAUUGUUAGAUACCUUUACAUAAUGAUAUCUUGUACGGAGUUUCAGAUUUGUAUUUUGGAGAAUACUUUAAGGAGACCUUGCAAUCUAAACUUAAAGGAAACUUUAGAGGAGAUUUCAAUGCCACGACUUCAUUUGAAAAUGGAAAAUUAAAAGUGAGAUUGGCAAUGAAGAAAUUUAAUAAAUGAUUUAUGCAU